GUUUACCAUCAUCAAGUGCAUUGUGUUCGCUGUGCGUGUCGCUCGAAGCAAGUUUGGUUUGGUUAAACCAAGUUUAAGUUAAACUAUUGUGCCCUAAAAAUCCCUCGCAAUGUCCGCCCUGGAUGAAAUCACCAACAGUGCCGCGGCCGCAACGGCCCAGCAAAAGGCCAUCGAGAACGCGAACCGGCAAACCGCUCCGAUGGCCCCCUUUCCGGAGUUUCUCAAGUACGACGACAACGGCUGCUCGCUGGACCUCUACUGCAAAAGGAAACCCGACAUGGAACCGAAAAUGCUCAAAUGGGCCUUCAAGCUGGCGGAACGGAACGUUGGUCCCCAGUACAAGGCGUGCAGUCUGGGUUGGCAACCGAAGGUCAAACAGUCCGACCUCAACAAGAACUGGGCCCGCUAUCUGGUGGCAGUGGAUCGUGCCACGAAGAAACCCGCCGCGUACACGAUGUUCCGGUUCGAUCUGGAUUACGGCCGGAGUGUGGUCUACUGCUACGAGAUGCAGGUCGAGGCGGAAUUCCAGCGGAAGGGGCUGGGCGGGUUCAUGAUGAAGGCGCUGGAAAAGUUAGCGCAGCAUUACCGACUGGAGCGGGUCGUGUUGACGGUGCUGAAGAACAACGAGGACGGCAUGAAGUUCUACCGGAGGUUGGGCUACGACAUCGACGAGAAUUCCCCGGACAAGGCGGACAACGAGGCGUACGAAAUUAUGAGCAAGUUGAUGCUGUAG